CUGCUGCUGGGCUGAGGAUGGCAGAUAACCCUGGCCGUGGCACAAGGAGCGUAGCUGCCCGCUAAAUUCCGCUUUCCUCGGCCCUGUGCGGCACUGGGAGGUGGUUAUGGCCUCGAGGGGGUCCGGGGGAGGUGGUUCUUAGUGGCAGCGCGCCCCGUUGCGGACAGGUGAUGCGCGGCCCGUCUGUGCCAGCAGCGCAUCCUGCUGAGGUGCCGCCGUCAGCGCAUCCAUCCCGCUGGAGAGCCCUCCGGGGCCCUGGCAGAGCUGUCGCUGUCGCAGCGGGCUGGGCUCUGUGUACCUUUUAUUGACCGCAAAGAGGAGCUGAUUGUCCCGAGAGCAGAUGCAGCGCGCUGCAUCACCCUAGCGGGGUUCUGCCUCCUAAGCAUCUGUUCAAACAAAAGGCUCUUGCAUCCCGUGCUCGUUGUUCUGUUAAGAAUUCCAGUGGUUGUCAACUGGAUUCCCAUUUUUCCUCAAUUAUAGGCCAUGUGUAAAUCCUCAAAAGGUAAUAAAUUUGUUUGCCCUUUGGUUCUGGAGUUGAACCAUAGCUAAAAUCUGGGGCCUAUUUGAAAAUUUACAACCUGUCUUUCUGUUGCUUACCUUUAGAAAUACUUGCACUUCAUCCAUCCCCUACUGACCAUGUACAAAUGAUGCAAAAAUGCUGAAAAUUGUUUUAUUGCAGGUAUUUGUUACCAUCCUCCUUUGUUGUUGUUGUUCACCGUUGCUGGCUCACUGUUAGUAUGGAAAACUGCUGUUUCUGCACAGGCCAGAAGGUCUUUCUGUCCAGAAUAAGUCUCAGUUAUAGCUUAGUAUACUCUUCAGAAAAUAUUUUAAACACAGAAGUAACUUGAAUAAAAAAAUGUUUAAUCAAGGAAUCAAUUGGGUAUUUGACUUAUUUCAAAAUAUUAUUCCUAUUUUUCUCCAUGAUUUAAUGAAGCAAGGAAUGGCAUAAUCUUUUGCAUUAUCCAAACCCAUAGAUAAAGUUAACUGACAGCAGAGGAGGAUUUAACACCAUCAAGAAAAAAAUCCCUGGAAAAUGCUCUUCACUAAUAUCAAACUGUACCUGAGGCUUACAUUUCAAACUUUGUAUUCUGUGCACUUUGAAGAGAAAAUUGUGGCAGUUUGUAUAUUUAGUUCCUGAUAGAUUAUAAUACUAAUGAAUUGUGAAUCUUACCUAAUUCCAAAAAAAACCCCUCUGGUUUGACCGAUAGAUUUGGCUUGUUCAUGUUCUCUGCUUAAGAGAUUUAAAUAUGUAGCACUUUUUUUCACUAGUGGAUUAAUGUUUUUUUUUAAAUGAGCUUCGUGUGUAAGUGCAAUCUGAAGCUUAAGGUGCAUUGUAUAAUAUGUAAUAUAAUUAUGGAUGUAUUCAAUAUAAACACACAUUUUUAAGUAAAACAUGCUAUUAUAAUAAGGUAUGCUUAAUUAAUCUCUAAAGAUGCUCAAUAUUUCAUGCGUGUUUUGAACAAACCCGCAUUUUAAUCACAUGCAAAAGUGACAGACUACAGAAGCCAUUAAAAUCUGUCAUUUUCUUUUACAGAAUUUGCAGUUAUUUUCAGCAGAAUUAGAAGUACAGUGUGUCAUUUUAAUUCCUUUUUUUCCUGAAAAUUAAAAUUACAGUUCUUGAUCUUUUUUGGCAAAGGAAACAAUUUGCAAAAUAACUUGGUGAAUUAGAGAAAUUUAAUUUUAAGAGAAAAUCCAGCCAGUUUUACUUCUUUUAAGUGAUUACUACUUUAUCUUAAUGGGUUCAUGUGUUUAUCAGGGAACAUGCACUUAAUAAUCACUGCUUGCAGAGUGGGAAUCUUCCACUCCGGAAAUGCCUUCAGGAAUUACUUCAAUUUCCUUACUUCCUACUGAUACCAUGCUAGGGUUUUUUUCCAUGUUGAUUUUUUUUCAUCACUUCUAAAGAACACAAAGCUUUAAAGUCUCUGUGUCACCUUUCAAUCUGAGAAUAUUAUCCCAACAUUUAUAAUUGAUAAAUGUCAUUUUUGUGGAUUAAAUGUCGCAAAAGGUCCUGUCCUCUUUUUUUUUUUUUUUUUGCUUGCUAAAAUGAUUGACUGAAUAUUAUUUUUCUUUGAAGUUCAGUUAUUUAUGAAAAACGUGUGAGACUCAGUUGUACUGAAAUUUCUAGGCAGGAACUUGGAAUUCUCUUAGUGUUUUCAAUCUCAGGCAAUCAGUGACAAUCAACACAUUAAUGGAAUAUAAAAGCACAGAACUUGUACUCAGUAUUUAUAGUUUAAUUACAUUUUAAGCGACUCUUGGCUUUUUAGUAGUCAGAUUUUUAAGUUCAUUAGAAGUGUCACCAAAUCCUACAGAUAUGUGUUGCACUCAUACUUAUCUUAGUGAAUGUUAAAUUAGAGGCAGAGUGUAGAGUGGCGUUUUUAAAACUUAUUAACAAGUCAUUAAUUUCUCUCCUUUUGAAUGGACAAGGAAUGAAAAUAGCAAAUCAUCUUGACUGGGUAUCCAGUAGACUCAAUACUAUAAUAUUUUUAAUAUUAGAUCUUAGAAUGGUGAUCUUGACCUUUUCAAAACAUAUAUUAAUGCACCCUUAAAUUUUGUAUGGAAAAGACCCCCUGAAAGUUCUCUAGAGAAAUCUAUACAAUUGCUUCAUCUUCACUGUGCUUAAUUCUUUCAUCCUAGGUACAUUAAGUGUUCUGUAAAAUACCAGGUCUUAAUAUUUCCCUUUUUUAAAAUCCUGGUCCUUAGUAAGACAUACUGUCCAAGCUGGGAGAAGGCCAUGUAAUAAACAUAAUGUUCCAUUGAAGAACAAUUUAUUUCUCAUAAGUUACCUGCUAUGAAGUACAAAGAUUUAAGUUUUUUUAAUUGGUGAGUGCUGUAGCACAGCUGUAUUGUGCUUUCAGGUAAAAGCAGAUAGAUUGUUUUACAAUUGGUUGUAAUUAUUAAAGUACCAAAUCAGGGUUGAGUUUUGACUGGUUUUGCCGGCUGUGUUGGAAGAGGAGAGAGCUCUUCCAUGCAUGUAUGUCUACCUGCACAGUGUUACCUGUAAUUUCUGAAUGGCCACUCCCUUGUGCUGGUACAGUCUGGAGCCUCAGCCCCGUUCCAAGGGUUUGGUCCUGUUUGUGUCAGGCAGACACAGCCCUAAGGGGCUUUUCCUGGCAAAGUAGAGCUGAGCUAUGUGUGAUAUUUAUGUGUGCUCAGUGCUACCACAAAGCAGAAUUCCCUAGGCUAUUUCAAAGUCACACAUAUUUGUAUGUAUAUUUUUAUCUCUCAAAAGUGAUCACAGUUUGGUGUCUUUGCUGCUGUCUUUCUGGACCCUCAUUUGGGUGUUCGUGCUUCACUGUUAUUACACAUCCUCUUCCUAGUUUGACAUCUUUUCCUUGGUUUUUCACAAAGAAAUAAUUGCACAUCUUCCACCAUUCUCAACUUCAUUAGCAUAUUUAAACUUCUCUAACCAUUUUGUUUAUCAGUUGUAGCAGCUAAGGCUAUUUGGACUGUUGGUUUAGCAAAAUCUUUUCAGCAAAAAUGUUUAUUAAUAUACGUACAUUAUGUGAGUAUGUUCCCAUCAGUGCUUUGGUAGGAGCUACAACAGAUUCUGCACAAACAAAAGUUCAUCUCUGCUCAAAGGUCACUUCACAGUUCUGUUUCCUGUACUGUUUCUGAUCUGGUGGAAUGGAUGUGAAAGUCAUUUCUAGGACAUCUGUUGCAGUGGUUAUGAUUUUAGUGUAUGCCCGAAUGUUCUGAAAAUGUCUGUCCUGAUGUUUUUGGUCUCCUUUAUGAAUUUAACAGUAUGCUGUGUUUAUAGUCUCCUAGUGUAAUAUCUAGGAUUCAACAUAUAUCCAGGUUAUUAAAUUCAUGUCUAAAAGGUCAUUUGAACUUCCCAAAGGAAAAGUAUAAAAAAAUAAAUUAAUGCAUUUCAGUGUCUUCUAGGUACAGAAUUAUAAGAACACUUAAGAAGGAUUGUUGAUGGUGCUAACUAAAAACCAAUCAUAAAUAUGUUGCAUCCUCCAUAUAUCUUUGGAAAGGGAGCAUUAGCAUUGGUGAAGUGAAAAGUUCCACUAGAAAUUCAGUGAGGUUUUGGCAGCUGUUUGCAUGGAAUGAAGUUCCUCAGGCUUAGAAUGGAAAGAGUGAAUACGUUGAGAUUGUCUGGCCAUGGGAAGGAGAAGAUGCCUGCUCCAAGGGUGCCAGUGCUGGCAGCAAGAUCACUGGAUCUCUUCUCUUCCAGGAGACAUGGAGGUCUAUUUGUGGUUGGAGCCACCUGACUAGAUAAAGUAUAGAACAGUCUGCUGUGAAAGUACCUCACUUGAAGACUGCCUGAUGGUUUAGUUUCCACUGAAUAUAUCUUGUUAUCAGAUGAGCCUUUUCAGAAAAUUAAAAACCAAACCCAGUAUUUUCUUGUUUCUGGGUUUUGUUUGGAAUGUUUUGUCCCCUGUCAAUUCAGGAAUAGAUUGAAGAAAACAUGGCCAAUCAACGGGAUUACAUUAGCAGACCUAUUUGCAAUGGAAUUUCUGUUCCUGAAAAUAAAAUCAAUUCCUUAGUGGCUGAAGGUCAUGGACAGCAAAUUCUAAAAGUGCUACAAAAGUUCAGAGAACAAAAUAUAUUUUUUGAUUUUAAAAUUCGUGUGAAAGAUGAAAUAAUUCCCUGUCAUCGUUGUGUACUGGCAGCAUGCAGUGAUUUUUUCAGAGCCAUGUUUGAAGUUAAUAUGAAAGAACGGGAUGAUGGCAAUGUUACUAUUAGUAACCUAUCACCCAAGGCAGUGAAAGCUUUUCUUGAUUAUGCUUACACAGGAAAAACAGAGAUAACCAAUGAUAAUGUGGAAAUGCUGUUCCAACUGUCGUCAUUUCUUCAAGUUUCACUCCUUUCCAAAGCUUGCAGUGACUUCCUAAUAAAAAGUAUUGAUCUUGUGAAUUGCUUACAGUUGCUUUCUCUAUCAGAAAGUUAUGGGUCUGUCCGCUUGUUUGAUCAUGCGCUAGAUUUUGUACAACACCACUUUUCAUUGCUGCUCAGAUCGAGUGACUUCUUGGAGAUGAAUUUUGAGAUAUUACAAAAAUGCCUCGAGGCUGAUGAACUAGAUGUCCCUGAGGAAGAAUCAGUGUUGAAAGCUGUCCUCCAAUGGACCAAACACAACUUAGAAACACGGCAGAAAUACCUGCCUAAUUUGAUUAAAAAAGUGAGAUUACACCAGUUACCUGAAAAGACUUUGCAGGACUUUCUGCAUUCUGAAGAGCACUUACUUAAGAGUGCUAAUUGCUCAGUAAUAAUCAAUGAUGCAGUUAAAAGUGUGCAGAACUUCAGUGGAUUGUUUCCAGAUGCACGUCCUUCAACAACAGAAAAAUAUAUAUUUGUUCAUAAAACUGAUGAAGAUGGAGAAAACAGACAUACGUUCUGCUACAACAUCAAAACAGAUAAAUGGAAAGAACUACCACAUACGCACAUGAUUGAUCUGCCAGGGUCAAGUUUGUCUAGCUAUGGAGAAAAAAUAUUUAUAACUGGAGGAUGCAAGGGUAAUUGUUAUAGGACUGUCAGGCUUCAUAUUGCUGAACCAUUUCAUGAUGCCACUGACCAAACCUGGUGCUACUGCCCGGUCAGCAAUGAAUUCUCCAUAGUGUCAGCUAUGAAAAAACCGAGGACAAUGCACACAUCUGUUGUAACCUUAAAUCAGCUCUUUGUGAUAGGUGGAAAGACCAGAGGAGCUCAAGAAACUCGGAGUCUUUUGGAUGUAGAAUCCUAUAACCCUCUUUCCAAAGACUGGAAAUCUGUAAGCCAGUUACCAAGAGGUAUCUACUAUCCAGAAGCAAGUGCAUGCCAGAAUAUAAUUUAUGUCCUUGGCUCAGAAGUAGAGAUUACUGAUGCCUUUAAUCCGUCCCUUGACUGUUUCUUUAAGUAUAACGCUAUGACUGAUCAGUGGUCUGAGCUUGUAGCAGAAUUUGGGCAGUUUUUCCAUGCAACUCUAAUCAAAGCUGUUCCAGUGAACUGCACAUUGUACAUAUGUGAUCUCUCCACCUACAAGGUUUACAGUUUUUGCCCAGAAACCUGUGUUUGGAAAGGGGAAGGAUCUUUUGAAUGCGCUGGCUUUAAUGCAGGGGCAGUUGGGACAGAAGACAAAAUUUAUAUACUAGGUGGUGAUUAUGCUCCAGAAGAAAUCACAGAUGAAGUUCAAGUCUACCACAGUAGUAGGUCUGAGUGGGAAGAAGUUUCACCAAUGCCAAGAGCCUUAACUGAGUUUUACUGUCAGGUCAUUCAGUUUAAUAAAUAUAGGGACCCCUGGUCACCUGUACUGACGAUUUGCUCUGGAGAAUUUUGAAAUUCCCAAGUUAAAAGAGUCUAUUUAAAUGCACAAGUUGUAGAAUAGUUUUUAUGUAUUAGUUUACAGAUGGAGAAAUAUGUACUUAUUUGUUUAAAUUUUCAGUUUCGAUUAAAUGCUGUAGGAUUGCUUUUGGAAGACUCCAUUAAAAUGUCAUUCAUGCUAGUCAUUAUACAGACAGUAUUAUAUACUUAAUUUUAUAUACAACUCUUCUCUGUAAUUAUUAGAAUAAUUUUAAAAAUUAUAUGAAUUUUCCAAAAAGAAUAUUAAUGAGGAAUUAGUUGUGUAAUAUGUGUCAUUAUUUCUGUAAUAUUCACAGUUGUCCCAAUAGACAAAUUGCUAAAUGAGAAAACUGACUGUGAUACUGUUUUCCCUAUGUAACUGAAGUUUAAAAGACAUUUUCAUUAGUGUGAUUCAGAUUUUCCAUGUUCAUAAACCUGUAAUAGGAAUACAUUGUCAGCUUUAUCUUAUCACAAUGACCUUAGCAAGGACAAGAGCCAAAGUGACCUUCACAGUAUUAAAACCAGGUAUCUAACUUGAAGAGACUGAUAAUUCCUGGCAUCUUACUUCAGCUCUUCAGUUUUGCCAGUUUUUCUCCAUCCUUGUGCCUUAGUAGUAGCUUUAUUUUCUGUUUCCAUGCCAUUAACUGUGGCAAAGUAAACUUCAAUGACAUACUGCAGGGUAGGUAAGAUUUCUACAGGACAGAUGAUUCAUGUGUUACCUUUGCUUCAGUGAUGUUGCUAACUAAAGAAAGAAAACUUCAGGAUGUUUUCUGACAGAAGUCUUCAUCUCUGAAGUCUUCAGUGCUACCUACUAAGCAGUCACUAAGCUGCUAAUAGCAGCAAGCUGUAAACUGAACCGUAGCUUUUGCUUCCAUUAACUAUGGGAAAAGUUUGUAUCUUGUCAUACAUCAAAGUUACAAAACUGCACCCCCAUAUUAAAAGGCAAUAGUAAAUAGUAUUUCUGAGGUGAGAAAUCAUCUCUUGUGGUUUAAAUUAAUUAAAACACUUUAUCUUGAACUUCAUUGUAUUUUUAGAUGAAAAAAUAUUACACAGUUAACACUUCACAAUAUAUUGCUUGAUAAACUUUAAGUAGUCAGCUAUGAUAAUGUUAAAAUUGUAAUGGACUUUUAGUGCUAAUAUUAGUCUAGCCGUAUAUUCUGAAGUAAAUUUGAUCUCAUGCUUACAAAGUCAGUCUUCUUUCUGACAGGAAGACACUGAAAUUAGCUAGGUUUCAUAAAUUAAUUUGGAUUCUUCCACAGCCUGAGAAUUUCCUUUCUUACCAUGUAUCCAGAUAAGACACUGAGAGCCCUUAUGUUCCCCGUAAGUGUUGUGAAAGCAGUAAGGUUGUCUUCUGCCAGACAGAAAUAAUGAUUUUAAACAUUUAAUCACAUCUUUUCAAGAAGUUUAAAUAAUGAAUAAAAUUUAGUGAGGCAUCAGAGACAUCUUUCAUAUGUCUUGAGACAACUGUGGUAAGUUCAUUAUCACAUCACUACUGCAUGUACUUUUUGUAAAACCCAAGCUGAAUAUUAAUGCUUAAAGCUUAAUAUUGCCUUGAACAGGCUUCUGUUUUAAGCAGUAAACAAUGGAAGGUUCUGAUUGUGUGACUGACUCUGUAAUUUGUUAUGAGAUACCCUUACAAAUUUAGGUAACAUUCAUCAUAGCAAUUUUCAUAAGCAUGUAAAAUAAAAUCAUGUAUAUUUGGAAUAAAGCAGGACCGUUCCACUCAGUAAUUUCUGUAUAUUAAUAUGUGUGUCAGUUCUGUAGAAGUAAGUAGCUUGCUACAGUAUUUCAGGCAACUUCCCCAUUUAUUUUGGUUUUUUUUCGUAAUAAUUCUCCAUAUUUUAACUAAACGUAGCUAGGUAACCUCUACAAUCACCUUGCAGAAAUGCAAGUAUUUUUAUAUUGGGACACUACUACUUUUUGUUAGUGCAAAGCAAAUGUAUUGAGUAGAGAGAGGAAGAAUACUAUUCCUACUUACUGAAACAAUAGGAAAAAACCAAACACAUAGGAAAAUGGUAGUUUUCGUUUUAAUGAAGCUACUCAGGGUAGCAUAGAGAUUUCAUUAAUCAUUAAUUAUUGCAACUUGUCACAUCAUUGGAAUAAAAGGCCCAAUUCACCUUUGCUUAUGUAUUUGUGUUGUGUUUAUACCUGAGUAAUAUGAGUAUACACUUUAUGCAUUGAGAAAAGUGACAUAAUAUGCCCGUAGUAAGUACAUGGGUAUAAAUAGCUAUGCAAAUUGAAAGAGACUAGAGAAUUGCAAGCGUGUUUUAAUUGCCACUGUCAUGACCAGAUUGCUGGGUCUCAUAAACAGCAAGUGAGUGAGUCAUUCAGGUGAUGCUCUUUCCUCUAAGUUUUUGCCUACAGCAGAUCUUUUUGGCAGUCUUCCACCCAGCUACUUGCUUUAAGACUCUGGCAUCUGACAUCAGACAGAGCAGUGACGUAUGUGAGAAAUUCCUCAGUACAGAGGAAUUAUAGACAGUGAAAACUGACUGUAGCUGAAUUGGGAAACCAGAUGUGCUUCUUUAAUAUUCUACACUAUACUUGUGCAGGAACUAAUGUCAGUUCCCAGUCUGAAAACUCAUUCAUGGAUUUCACAGGGAGGUGAGCUCUUACUCAGUGAUCAGGAAAUAAUGUAGUAAUGUCAGUUACUUUCUAGUAUUGCUUACAGGAAAGUUACUGUGAAAUGGUACUGAUUUUCUGCAGUUAGGCAGGUAAACCUGUACUACAGCUCUCACAGAAGGAAAAAGGAUCAUUUGCCACAUUUCCACAUACAAAGUAUUAAAUCUGGUAGCAGAACAGAAUGCAGAAGAAGCAGAAGUGUUAGGAAGUCAUGUUUAAAAACAAGGCUUUAUCAUAGAAGAAAGGACCUAUGUUCCAAACCCUGUGAUUAAUUGCUAAAGAUGUAAGAAAUCUCAGUGAACUACACAAAAAAAAAAAAUUUCCUUGAGUAACUGUUGUAGUCUGGGUCAAACUGAUUUUUCAGUCUACAGAGCAUUUAUGCAAUUAAAAACAAAAGUCAUAAAAUUAAUGCAAAGUGAGUUUUUAAAAAUCUUUUAUGACUUUUCAAAGGUCUUUGAAUCAAAGCUUUAUGAAAAAGUACCUUCCUCUAAAAAUAGUAACUAGAUUAACGACUAUGUAUGUUCUCACUGAAAUAGAGUGAUGUUUAAACAUACAAAAUGCAUGUAAAAUUAUAAUCUACUAUUUGCACUUAAAUGAUGUAACCAAAACAUUUCUAAUAGUAUUCUAUUUUAUGUCACAGAAUACAUUAUAAGCAUGACCAGUAUAAUAUACACGAAGAUAAUAUAUAUUGUAUGUGGGAUUUUAAUAUCCAGUGAUGAUUAUAUUGGAUAAUCUUAAUUUUUAAAGAAUGCUAUCAAAACGUUAUGGCACUUUGGUAAUGUUAUCAUACUGGUUUAGUUGUUAUAAUAAAUAUCAAUUAUUCAGGUGUUUUAUUGAUUAUGUUUGCACAGACCUGAUGAUUAUUAUUUAAGGACUAAUUAAUCUGUUUUCUAUAUUCUAAAUACAUUUGUAGUAAGUCAGUUUACUGCUGUUAAAAAUUCAUUAUAUUCACAAAAUUGAGUAGAUUUUCUGGGUCAGAUUUAUUUACGGUAUUACUCUGUGAAGAAAACUGUUUACCUCCUGUGGUUACUAAAGGUUAGUAGGUAAGGUAUAGGCUAUAGAAUGUGCUGACUGCAGUUCCUAAUGUGGAGAUUAAUUUUAGAUGUUUCUGUUUGUAGGUGACCAACAGGAGGCAGCAUAAGAUCUCUUUUAAUUAAAACAGACUGAAAACAGGGAUGUAUUUGACAAUAUUUAUAGUUGAGCAUUAUGCUCAAUUUACUUUUUUCCUUCUAACAGCCAGUAAAGCAUAGAGAACAGUAACAUUUCACUGCUGCCUGGGCUCUGCUGAUAUGUGGAAAGUAUGAUACUACACAUUUGCUGAGAUGUUCAUUCUUUUGUGAAAUAAAGCACUGAGCAACUGAA